AUGCUCGAUUAUCCCCAAGGCGACAAAUUGUUAUCCUGGACGACCCGAACAAAUUCGGAAUCACUACUUGACCCGAAGAUGGCGGCAAACUACGUUGCUUAUACGGCUCCCAUCAAUCCGGCGUCAUCCGAGCCCAAGCUCUCCCAGAAGCACAUCUGGGCUCUCCUUCGCCGGAAGAUCCGGCGAGCAGAGGACUUCGUCGGCGGUGCAAUCCUCAACACCGAGGUUGUCUCUGAAUCGAAGGACACUCACGAGCGGCCCGUGACAACACGUAUGGUCACCUUCCGCGAGGGCAACAGGCGUGUGGAGGAGGUCGUCACGACCUUUUACCCGAUCAAGGUCGAAUUUAAACAGCCGAAUGGGAGCCAUAUUGCCAACAUUGUCAGUCGAGGACCUGAUGACGAGCUGUAUCUGACGUACACCUUUGAGUGGAUGCAUCCUGACCUGGACGAGAAGGCGUUGGCUGAGAAAAGGGUUGUCGAGGAUGAGAUGGCUAAGCACUCUGUGGAUAGUACUAUCGCGGCGAUGAGAGCGAUGGUUGUUGACGGACGAUGGGAGGAAAAUGCUUAG